CACGAUUCACGAUUGUGUGAUUCGUGUUGGUGACGGCGCUCGAUCUCGACCGAUUUUGGUGCUCGCUUUGACCUCUUCCCCGAGCCGCUGUCUGCAUCGUCACCUGUCCAUGGACACCACUCGCACACCACUCAAAGAUUGCGUUCUCACACGAGCCCACGAGGACGAGCACGGACCUCUGCGCCUCCCGUCUUUCUGUAGCGCAACCGCGUACUUGUCCCUCCUACUCUUGAGAGUCAAACACAGGAUCCUCAGAUGCGCAAAUCGACCUGAACAUCCCGCCAUUUCAUCCCUGAUCACACGAUCACAUUCAUCCUGAUUCGCAUCCUCUUCACCUCCAGUCUGUCCAAGGCUAGACCACUGUCACUCUUUUCGGAUCGACAGACCAUCAGUCAACGAACACUCUGCUCGGCUGUCGAGCGCAAGAUGUCUGUGGAUGCUGCCAAGGAGGGCUUUUUCAAGGCCGAUCACUUUGCUGUCGCAGGAGCGUCCAAGGACCCUUCAAAGAUCGGCAACAAAGUGAUGAAAUGGUACAAAGCGCAUGGGUUCGAGCCGAUUCCCAUUCAUCCCAAGGAGGCUUCGAUCGAGGGCGCAUCCACAAUUUCGAGCGUCUUUGACAUCUACGAGCCCAAGACGACGAGCGUGUCGAUCAUCACUCCGCCGCAUGUCAGCAUCAACAUUGUCAAGACUGCUCUGCUGGAACUGGAUGUUGCAGGAAUUUGGCUUCAGCCUGGAGCAGAGAAUGCAGAAAUACAGCAGUAUAUCGACACGAUGCCAGAUGAGCUCAAGAACAGGGUGGUACUUGGCGGCCCAUGCAUUUUGGUCGAAGGAGCAGCGCUCGCAAAAGCUCAGGGCAAGCUGUAGCGCAUGCUGCUCGCAAGGUCCUGGCCGCGUUUAGUAGGACUGCUUUCUUAAGCAGAAAGUUGUCCCUGGUCUUGUCGCGCUUUCUAUUUGUCGUCUCUCGCCGGCAAUGCAUGAGGUUUAUUCUGCUUACCCCCCUCUUACACACGAAGCAAAGCACUCGCCACUCGUGCUGGAAUCGGCUCUGCCAACGACCUAACGACAUGCUCUUUUCUGUCCGUCGCCGAGGCCCAUGCAUGUCUGAGG